ACAGUGCUUCACAAAAAUCACUGGAAAAAAACUGAAUGAACAAAUAUAAAGGUAUUAAAUUCAGUUCCAUUUUAAAAGCCAAAUCAUAACAUAAUAAACUCGAGAUCUUAAACUUCAUAGAGAAACAACAGUUCCCACAAUGAGCAAACACUUUGUGGAGGGAAAUAACUCAUGAGCUUCUGUUGUUCGAGUUUGACCUUUAGUGCGAGAUUGGAACUUGUUUUUGUGAUGUGUGUGUGUGUAAGUGUAUGUUUACUUAUGUGUGUUUUUAUUGACUUUAUGACUUUAAAGCCUCUGUUUGUCUUGAGGUGACUUCACUUCCACUCCGCUACGCUAGGGGGCGGUGUUUACAUCAAAGUGCGGUAACUAUACGUCUUGAGUAAACACGAAGAAGAAGCGCGUCGGGAGGAAAACAUGGCCUCCGCCGCAGACUGCGGAGGGAAACCUCUGCAAAACGCCAUGAAAAUGGCCAAAGUUGCGAUCCAGCUGGACGGAGGAAGCAAGCACAAGGUAGAGAAGCUCCACAGCUGCACGGACCCGACCUUACACCGACUAACACCCCGGAUAUCAGCACGGGACCCGGGCUGGAGACAUGAGGCCUACUGUGAAUACCUCCGGACCAUCAACUACAUAUCACACGCACUGCUGGAGGAAGCUGCGCCGCAACAGGAGAGGGAGGUGGUGGUGGUGGAGGUGGAGCGGAUGUUGAGGCUCGCUGAGCAGUGUCUGGAGCGAGCCAAGUCCUUUAUAGAGAAGAGUGCUGACCCCCUUGACCUCUCAGCCGCUGCUUCCUGUUCACCUGCCCAAUCAGAACCCCAUCAGACCACAGACCUCCCAGUUGCCACAGCUGCAGACACUGGAACGAGCCCAACCAAGACCGGUCACCGCCGGUCGGUGUCAGACGGCGGCGGGGAGCCCCCCCCGUUCCUCCCCCCCGACGUCUUCCAGAAGCUACAAACCGAGGAGUCACAUGACACGAGCAAAAAGGAGCUGACACCCAUUGAACAAGCUUCUCGUCUGAACCAGAAGUUAAAAGCAAACUAUGAAGCUCGUCUGGCGAGACUCCCCCCGGGACAGGCCAAUCAGAAGACGUCUUUGAAGCUGUCCCUCCAGCGGCAGAUGAUGGAGAACCUCAUCAUAGCCAAGGCGCGGCAGGAUGCUCUUCAGAGGAAGAUGGAGGAGCGGAGACUCCGGCUGCAGGAAGAAGCAAACAGGAGGUUCUCAGCGUCUGGGGCGAUGACUGCAGAGGAGCAGGAGCAGCGCUCUCUCUACACCAACGUGCUGGAGUAUGAGCAGGACCAUGAUUGGCCCAAACUGUGGAAAGCAAACAUGGAGGGGAAUCCUGAGGAUGUCACCUUAGUGUCCCGUCUGGUCUCCUACCUGCUCAGCCGGUCCGACCACCCGGUGGUGAAGCUGCUGAGGAAACAUCAGUACCGUGUUUACAACCGGCUCUACCCCAUCGUGAGUAAAGGGCGGAGUCGUGCCCUGCUGCUCCGACCUGCUCCGCCUCCAGAGACCCAGAGGAGGAGCCUCAGCACCGUGAGCUUCAGCACCGGCCUGGCGUCCCCCCCGUCUCGUGACUUCCACGCUGACUCUGACGAGGAGGGGGAGGAGCCUCACACCCAGGCGUCAGUGGACCGGGAGAACUCGUUUGAAGAUCUUGAGCAGUUUCUGACUCAGCUGGACUGGACUCCGCCCGACGGCAGCGCAGAAGACGCCGUCUCCGAGUCCGAGCCGACCUGUGACCCCUCGACCCUGAGCGAGGUCCAGGGGCAGGAGAUGAGGGCCCUGAAGGAACAUCUGAAGGCCACCGUGAAAGACAUUCACAUCGCUAUCGAUCAGCUUCUGUCUCUGUGUCUGCUGUCGUUUGAGUGUCUGAACACGUCCAGCUCCAAAGACCUGUGCCUGGCCAGCAUCGAGGAGGCCUUCUUCACCCCCCUGUGGAGCGCCCUGCUGACGCUCUUCAGGAAGGUCAACAUGGAGAGAGAACAGGCCUUUGAGACGAGUAUGACACUUUACCAGGAUGCCUCACCUGGAGACAUCGGCGUUCCCCUGAAAUUAUUCCCCCAAGAACCCGAUGCACUGCAAGGUUCCUACCCCUACGAGUCGGCUGUUCAGGAGCUCAAGCUGCUCCUGAACGACUGCUGCCCUCAGAAGAAGCUGGAGUGUAUCGUUCGAACCCUACGUGUGAUCUGUGCCUGUGCAGAGGAUUACCGGUGUCUGCACGAGGGCGACUCCGCUCACAGAACUGCCGCCAUUGGAGCCGAUGACCUGCUGCCCAUCCUGUCCUACGUGGCCCUGCGGAGCCAGUGUCCUCAGCUGCUGUCUGAAUGUGCAGCUCUAGAGGAGUUCAUUCACGAAGGCUACCUGAUCGGAGAGGAGGGCUACUGCCUGACCUCGCUGCAGAGCGCCUUGGCCUACGUGGAGUCUCUGCACUCAGCUGCAGCUCCGCCUCCUGAGGACAAGCUCGGAUGAGACGGGAAACGAGUCAAACCUGUUGGAACUGAGGUUUAAAUGUGAAUGAGACGAGCGCAUGUGCUUCAGCAGAGUGUGCAUGUGACGUGGGGGGGGGGGGGCUGCUGUAUAAAACCUGGAGGGACAGAAUGUGGGAAACAGCAGCAGAACCAACUUCACCCUGAGGAACUGGAAUCAAGCUUUUUCCCUCCGGAGACUUUAGAGCUGACAUGAAUGACCUUUGGCUGAUGAGGCGUUCAGGGGUCACUGGAUAUUUGAGUUGUUGGAGGUCAGUUCAGUGGAUGAGCUGCUGUGAAGUAACUUGUCUUUCACACGCAGGACAAAUGAGAGCUGCUAUUUAUUAUAGGUUAGAAAACUGUUGCACUUUGUUAGUUACUGAGUUUUGCCUGUGAGACGUGUUUCAAGUCUCAGUCGACCUUUUCAAUUUCAGUUUUCAUUCUUAUUUUUAACAAAGCAAAGCUAAAAGUUUCACAGCCUGUUUUAUACUUUUACCCGUUUCUCAAUGAAAACCCGACUGAUGCUUCUGAGGUCUACGAUGGUGAAGGGAUUGUGUCAUAUUGAUGAGUUCAUACUUUUAAAACUGUUUGGUUUUUUAAAUCCGUGCAGACCUGAGCGACUGGUUUGUGUUUUUGUUUUAGCUUGAACGUAAAAAUGUGUCUUUAGACGAAUGAGACUAAAAUAACAUGAAACCAACUUGAUGUGCAGCCGGUUUAUCAUCUGCUCCAGGAAGGAGGUUUCAUAAUGUGCUAUUAAACCAGAGACUGAGCAGUUAUGUUAUGUUAUUGAGUGAUGAGUUCACAUCCUGAACAGACUUCUCAUCUUCUCACUUCACUGCAGAACAACCAGUUUUAUAUGUUGUCAUUUUAUUUCAUGUGCUUUGUUUUUCUUUAAUUUACUUUUUUUUUUUUUAAAUGAAUUAAAUUUAGUCCAGAUACAAAAGAAGUGAAACAAUAUCUGUUAUUUUUACAUAACUACUAAAAACACAAGUGUAUGUAAUAACCGUGAAUGUAAUAAUAAUGUAAAUGGCAGAAACGCUGUGAUAUUUUGCAAAGUGGAUGAAACCACUCGUGUAAAUGAAUUGUACAUUUUGUUAUAAUGUGAAUAUUAUUUCAUUAUUAAACUAAUUUACUGU